AUGUCAUUAAAGGAUAGAUAUCUAGAUCUCGAAUCAGAAUUGAUACAUAAACUACAGGAAUUGCCAUAUGUUCAUCAAUUCGUUCACGAUCGAAUAAGUGGUAGAAUCACACUCUUUUUGAUAGUGGUGGGCACACUGGCGUUUUUCAAUGAACUGUAUAUAACCAUUGAAAUGAGCCUCUUACAAAAAAACACCUCUGAAGAAUUAGAGCGCGGAAGAAUUGAUGAAAGUUUAAGGCUUCAUAGGAUGUUAGUAAGUGAUGAAUAUCACGGUAAAGAAUACAAGGAUGAGAAAAGCGGGAUUGUAAUCGAGGAGUUUGAAGAUCGAGACAAAUUUUUCGCAAAGCCGGUGUUUGUGUCAGAGUUGGAUGUUAAAUGUAACGUUAUUGUGGAUGGGAAAGAACUUUUAUCUACCCCGUUAAUAUUUCAUGUGGAAUUUUCGCCAGAAGAUUACGAAAAUGAAAAGAGACCUGAAUUUGGCGCUACUUUGCGUGUACUGAGGCUGAGACUUUACCACUACUUCAAAGAUUGUGAAAUAUAUCGCGAUAUAAUAAAGAACGAAGAUCGUGAUGAAGCAAAAAAGUUCACAAUUUCCAAUGGUGUCAAAAUUUACAAUCAUAAAGAUGAACUACUUCCAUUGAACAUUGAUGAUGUUCAGUUAUGUUUCUUAAAAAUUGACACUGGGAACACAAUAAAAUGCGAUUUUAUAUUAUGA